AUGGUUAAAGAUAGACUACAAGAAUUUAAAGAAAACGCUCAAAUAUAUGAUGAUGGUGAAAGUAUUAGUCUAGUUAAUUAUUUUGCUAUUAUCGAUAUGGAAGAACCAUUCAUGAAUGAUUUCUUCAAUCGAAUUGAUACACUUCGUAGUACGAUCGAUAAAAUUGCAAAAUUAGUUGAUGAUGUUGAUCGUCUUCAACAAGCUAUGCUUGCACCACAAACAUUACCUCAAACAAAAGAUAAAUUAGAAAAAACAAUGAUUGAAAUAAAACAAUUAGGCAAUACUAUUCGAAUAACAUUAAAACAAAUGAAAGAAAUUCAAGAAAAAAAUAAUAUAAAUAAACGAAAAAAUAUUCGUCAACGUAUAAUAGAUACUCAAAUUGAUGCAUGUAUGAAAUAUUUUUGUAUAACAAUGAAUAAAUAUCAUGAAUCAGUUUUAACUUAUCGUGAAAAAUGUAAAGUACGACUUAUUCGACAAUUAGAAAUAGCUAAUAUUCAACGAAAUGAUGAUGAAGUAGAAGAAAUACUUGAAAAAGGACGUUUAACUUUAUUUCCUGAAAUUAUUAUCGAAAUACAAGAUGCUAGACAAACAUUAAAUGAAAUGAACUUACGUCAUCAGGAGUUAAUCGAACUUGAAGAUAGUAUUCAGGAAUUACAAAAUUUGUUUUAUGAUUUAGCUUAUGUCAUAUGUGUACAAGGUGAUCAAAUUAAAUCUGCUGAAGGUAAAAUAAUAAAUACAGAAGAUAAUAUAGAACAAUUCAAUACAAUUGAUCAUGUUGAAAGAGUAUCUUAUUGUUUUCCUGCGAAAGUAUCUCGAAAAAAGCUGGUCUUAUCUUUAAUCUUAGUAUUACCACGAUUAUUUACACAAUGUUUAGGAUCUAAAAAAUUAUCAAAUUAUUGA